CUAUAUUUAUUAUUAUAAUUAUAUGUAUUAAAAGUUUUUUUUCAUAGAAAAAUAGAAUUAUACGUGAUUAAAAACAAGAAGUGUUUACUGUUUAACAGUUGUGUAAAUAAUUUAACACUAACAGUGCAUUGUGUCAAAAUUAGUGACACCAUAACUUAAAAAUAUUAUGGUUCGUGGUGUUGGAAGAGGCGGUCGAGGUAUGCCGGGGCGCGGUGGAAUGGGAAGGCCUCCGUUUAACAGACCGCGAGUGAUGUUAUUGAGACCUCCUUUCGACUUAAUUUUGGCAGAACCAGCAUUUCCAAGAUGCAAACCAGCGCCCGACGAUUCUGCGCUUACUCAGGCACUCCUCAAACGUCAUGCGGAACUUUGCCCUACCCCAUCAGAGCAGGCAUCAGUACUCUCUCUUGUGACAAAGCUGCAGACAGUGCUGGAUAAUCUUGUUGUAGCUCCGGGUGAUUUUGCUGCAUGUCAAUUAGAGGAAGUCAGACAAGUUGGAUCGUAUAAAAAGGGAACAAUGAUGGCGGGCAAGAAUGUUGCGGAUAUUGUUGUUAUUAUGAAAACAUUGCCGACUAAAGAAGCUGUGGAGGGACUGUCUAAUAAGGUAAAUGAAGAAGUUAAUAAGUUGACCCGCGCAAUGGGCACAGGAUCGGUGACUUGUGCAUGCAAUGAGCGCGGCUUCACAGUAACAGCGGCGGGAGCUGCGGUCCGUGUGCUUGUCACCACAUUGCACCAGAAUUUGAGGAAAUUGGAGCCCGAGGUGCACUUGGAGUAUAAAGUGAUCAGCAGCCAUCUGGCUGCGAUCCGUCACAGCAGAUGGUUUGAAGAGAACGCUCAUCAUUCCUCCGUUAAGGUUCUGAUCCGUCUACUACGAGAUAUGUGCGCGCGACAUGCGGGACUGGAACCUCUGACACCCUGGAUGAUAGACCUGCUGGCACACCACUGCAUCAUGAACAAUCCAGCCAGACAGGCGCUACCCAUCAAUGUCGCUUUCAGACGUGCUCUAUCCUUAUUAGCGGGAGGUUUGUUCCUGCCGGGAUGUGCAGGUCUACCUGACCCAUGUGAGGCAGCACAUGCGCGUGCGCAUACAGCACUAGACCUCGCUGCGCAGGAUCAUGCCGCUGCCACCGCACAGACUUUACUCCGUGUGGUAGCCCGUGGUGGUCACCGCUAUGUCCUAGGGCUGCAACCAUUUGAGGGUGGCAAAGAUAUCUCCACUGAGAUCACAGUGUGGGACGGUGUGGUGGUGUCGCCUCUUGCACCCGCAUACCAAGAGACACCUGAACCUAUGGAUACUGAUGAUAAAGAUGAUGACUUGACUCAAGAUGGUGUGGCCGCCUGACAAGAGUUUUACUGACAAGCAAUAAACUACAUUUGACUAAUAAAAGAUCUU